AUGACAGAGACUUUCCAAAAAAUAGAGAAAAUAGGUGAGGGGACAUACGGCGUGGUAUACAAAGCAAAAGAGAAAACAACAGGAAAAAUCAUCGCACUAAAAAAAGUCAGACUGACCGAUGACAGAGAAGGCGUGCCAGCAACAACAAUCCGAGAGAUAUCCCUCCUUAAAGAUAUUAAGCACCCGAAUAUAAUCGCACUGCACCAGGUGGUCUACACAGAGAAUAAAUUGUACUUGGUCUUUGAAUACGCUGAGACAGACUUAAAGAAAUACUUGGAUGCACUCAGAAGAGAACGAAAACCACUCACACACCAUCAAAUUAAAGCAUUCUCGCACCAGCUGACAUCCGCAGUAGCUUACUGCCACUCAGUCGGAGUACUCCACAGAGACUUAAAGCCACAGAAUAUCCUUAUAACAAAGAAUAACCAAUUGAAACUCGCUGAUUUUGGUAUGGGAAGGAGUGUGGGCAUACCACUGCAUACACUCACGAAUGAAGUAGUCACACUCUGGUACAGAGCACCUGAAUUAUUACUGGGGGCUAAACAUUACUCCACGGCAGUUGACGUGUGGUCACUCGGAUGCAUUAUAUCUGAAUUUAUACUAUUAAAGCCAUUGUUCCCUGGGGACUCAGAGAUCGACCAGAUAUACAAGAUAUUCCAAAUACGCGGUACGCCGAAUGAGACCGUAUGGGCAGGUGUCACGGCCCUGAAGAAUUUCCAGCCGGAAUUUCCCAUUUGGAAACCGAUCGGGAUGGGGAUUGAGGAUAAAGACCAGCAUGAAUUAGUCAGUGAUAUUCUUGUGUAUAAUCCUGUGGAUAGGCCAUCAGCUAAGUCAUUAUUAGAGCAUAAAUAUUUCUUGGCAUAAAUUAAUAAACGGAAA